AUGGUUCUUAAGGGAAGCUGCAUGUGUAAGGCGGUGAAGUACGAGAGUAGUGAAGAACCCAAGGUGACGGCAUUGUGCCACUGCGUCGAUUGCCAAAAGUGGAGCGGUUCUGCCUUCACCUCCAACGCCGUCGUUCCCCGCGCAUCCUUCAAGGUCACCCAGGGCGAGCCCAAGCACUACGACAUCACCGGGGACUCCGGCAAGAACAACAGGCACUUCUUCUGCUCCGGCUGCGGCUCCAGCCUGUACACCGAGCUGGAUGUCAUGCCCGACGUCACCUGCAUCAAGGCCGGCGGACUCGACGACGGCAAGGCGAGCUUGGAGGGAAAGCCCGCCGUGGAGUUCUACUGCAAGGACCGCGUCUCGUACUUGUCGGGCGUCAACGGCGCUGACCAGAAGCCUGCGUUUGGAUAA